CAGUGGUAGUAAUCAGAGAAGAAGACCGAGAAGGAGGAAAGGGGUAAGAACGGAGAGGGAUGGAAGGAGUGGAGGAGGACUGGAGGAAGGAGGAGGCUGACUGAUCGGCAGAGUAGAGGAGAAAGAGCACGCCUGCGCGGAAUCCCCGGGCGGGCGCGGGCAGUGCCACUGGAGGCCCGGCGGUUUCAGAGCUUCGCCCGGGACGACGAACCGCAGACGACCCGUACGCAAAACUCGGUCCUAGUUAGCCGCGUUGAAGGAUCGUCGGAAAAAGAGGUCGAAUCACGCGACAACACAGGCCCCUGGUGACGGCUGCUCGCGUGUACUACCAUCGUUUCGAUUACUCGACCGUCUGAGCACGCGUUCGUAAGACGGUGGACACGUCGCGAGAUACGUUCGGGUUACGGUAUAACUAAAAAUCGGUGCAGAGUUCGUUAGGAGAUAAUGUGAUUAGUGCGGCACCGGUCGGUGCUGUGUCUUUAUUGUCCACGCUCCUCUUAAUUACGUGCACGACGAAAAGAGGAAGGAAAGAAGGACGAGAGGUGUGAGUAAAUGAUACUAUGCACGAGGUCUGGUAGCAUCGAGCCAAGGAGGAUGAACAGAGUGACAACGGAGGGCUAAGAGUGAGAAGGUGCACCAAGCUGUGGUGUGCUGGUUGUUUUGAGAUGUCAGUGGAUCCGUCGGAGACAACCGCGUCGUCGUUCUCGUCGUCGUCGUCGUCAUCGUCGUCGUCGUUUUUAGAAUCUUCUUCGUCAUCAUGAGGAGAUCCUGUUACGUGAACUACUACGUCCUGUGCCUCGUGUGCUGGAUUCUCCUAGGCAUCACCGGGGUGAGCACAAGAUCCCAUUCGUUGGUGAAGAGGUUCGAUGGGAUGUACAUGGGGCCGUACUUCGAUUCAAACAUCCCCACGAAUAUCACGGCUCAGCUCGGAAGUCAUGCUUACUUGCCAUGCAAAGUGCGACAGCUUGGUAAUAAAUCGGUGUCGUGGGUCAGAAGAAGGGACUCGCAUAUCCUCUCGGUAGAUAGAAACAUGUUCAUCCCGGACGAAAGGUUCCAGGCGCUUUUCGUGGACGCAUCGGACACCUGGACCCUGCAGGUGAAGUACGUCCAGGCACGUGACGAAGGCGAGUACGAGUGCCAAAUCUCGACCGACCCAAAAAGGAGUCACAUCAUCAAGCUCAACGUCGUCGUGCCAAAGAUCGAGAUCAUAGGCGAUCGCGACAUGUACGUGAAGACCGGAAGCACAGUCGCCAUACGAUGCGUGAUCAAGCAGUCCCUCGAAGGGCCGUUCUACGUCUUCUGGUACCACGAGGGCGAUCGUGUUCUCGACUAUCAAUUGAACAAGAUCGAUAUCCAAACGGAGAAGAUCGAUCACGACACGGUCAGCAGUCUCGUGAUCCAUAAAGCGAAGCGAGAGGACUCGGGCAAUUACACCUGCAGCCCUAGCAGUUUGGACAGCGCGAGCGUGCAACUUCACGUGUUGAACGGCGAACAUCCAGCCGCGAUUCAAAGAGGGAUCAGCUCGGCACCGGGUGGCUGUCCGACGCUCUGGUGGUUGGCUGGCGUCGUCACGCUGUAUUCCAGUCACGGCAGCCGCCUGUUCGUCCUCGCUCUUUUGAUCCUCAUGGUACUCUAUUCGAAGAAUCCAUCUUACUUCGCGCCGGAACGAUAAUCAGAAAUCCACGAGGAAGAAAACGUCGGAAGGCGAUCGAUUAUCUCCUGCUACGAGACCCGGAAAGCACCUCGAAGAACGAAGAAGGCUACGUGAAGGGGAAGAAGAAGCGAAAGGGAACGUCUUCGGGAAGAAUUCGUAGUUCGAUGAACGAAGAAGGGAUGAUCUUCUCGCAGAAACGCGAAAAUAAAACGCGAUCUUUUUUCCUUUUUUUUAAUCAACGAUUAUCCAUUUACCUUUUCAGUUAGAUCGAGAACAAUGAAAUUCUCGAAUUUUAUUAGAGACGAUUUUCUAAUUCUCGAUCUCUUCUUUUAACGGAUUUGGAAGGGAAAACUGGUGUGUUUCGAUAGAGGAAUCUUCACAACGAAUCUUGUAUCGACUCGUGAAUAUUUCGAUAUGAUCGAUAUUUAUUCGGGAAAGAACAGAGAAGAUUCGAAUGAAUGGAGAUAAAGAAACACGUGGAGACAGUGUGAUCCGGCCGUUAGUGAUUAGGGGUUAAUUAAUCGGAGGGAGUUAAAUAGGCGCGUGUUCUUCGAGCGAGUCGAUCACGAGGAUGAAACGGACAAGAAGCUUGCGAAUACUUUUCCUCUUCGUAAGGAGACGACACGACGACGAAUUUUUUAUAGCAGCUAUAAUACGAUCUUCCAAGAAACUCGUGCACAGCGUCUUUUAUAUCCUUGUCAUUCAGGUGAAUCGUUCCGAGCAAUCGUUAAAAACGUCGCUAAGACAGAAACAUCAUUGUACAUACACGUGUCUGAUGAUAGAAUCGGUAAAAUGAUCGUGUACGAGACACGGUGUCCCGUGUCAGGGAUACGAGUGAAUCGCAGGUUACCCUUUCUUAUUCACUUUUCAUCAUCGUCAAAGGUGUUUCGCGAUCUUCGUGUCUUUCUCGAGGGAAGCCAAACAGUAACGAAGUCUUCGUGAUCGAUCGCGUGAUUCCGUCGAGGACGUCGAAAGGGUUUCGUGCUUUCUUUUCCGUCGAGAUUAAUCCCUUGUCUUACAACCUGGAAUUACACUCUCGUGGUGUAAAUUACGGUCUAAAUGGAAAGAAUUCGUGCUAAUUUUAUUUUACAACAAGAGCAAGAAAAUCAUUUCUAAACUUAUAUUUUUUAUUUUAAUUGGUAAGGCAGAGGAUUAACUCGACGAUCCAGCGAUUUUAGAAGAAAAGAAGACUAAGGUGAGUCAGGGUAUGAUUUAAGGGUGGUUUUAAAGAAACGCGCGAGGCGAUCGCAAAAUGCCGACAGAAGUUCGUCCGCGCCGCUUGAUAGAAUUGAAACUUGUUCGAUGAGAAUCUUGGAAGCGAUGCGAUUAAUUAUAUUCGAAUAGGGAAACGAUUUAGCGAAACGUGUCUAUACUCGACCGUCUACCGUGUACACUCGGGAUCGUCCCGAGAAAGCGACGCAUCUCGACGAUCGUCUACGAGCGACGAUUUGUCGAAAUGGUCCUAAACCGCAUCAGGUACGAAACGAUCAUUUCCACAUAUUUUUCCUUCCUUUUCUACGUGUUUUAUGAGAACUUUGUGUCACGAAUGUUGACGAUUGACGCGCUUUAUCUUGUAACGCUUGAAACGCGACUGAAAUGAAAGUGAUAUCGCUCGGAGAGAAAAGAAAUUAGAGUUCGUUUGUUUGUUGAAAUGAUUUGAUGAUUUCUCAAAGCGCCAUUCAUAUCAACGAGAUUUAAUCUUCAUAUCAGUGUUUUUUACAGUUCCUGAAUAUUUCCGUAUCAAUAAAACCAGGAGUCUUGAUAAGAUAAUUGAUAAUAUCGACAUGAAUCAUUAAUUUUACAAAGAAAAAUGUCACUGCCUGUAUUACUCAAUGGUGUUCCACUGCUAUAUGAAAAUAACGUGAUUCUCUCUGCGAUUUAGUAUUACGAUCGUUUCUUAUUAUAUUCUAUUUACGAGAAGGAAUAUAGAGCCUAUACGAAACGUACCGAAUGCCUCGCGACGAUCCACGGUGACAAAUUUUGGUACUUGAAGCGCAUUGAGUAUAAACACAAGCCAAUAAACAAUGUUAUAUGUCCGUUCAUGCGUGGCAAGAUUUACAACGAGAUGGGUCGUACGAAAGAUCAGGGAUCAUUAACAAAUGAACGCUUCAUCGAUGCAGAAUUCAUUAGCAUUGAUAAACACGUUCGCUACUAGAAUUCAUUUAAAAAUUGGCUGUGUUCGACUUUUAUAAAAUAUAAAAUAAAAUGAUAUUACUAUCUUUUCAUAUUAUGUUAGAGCUUGGAAACGAGCUUGGUAUACUUUGAAAGCGUAGAAGAUAAAUAUUCAUGAUCUUCGUAUACGUGUGUGACCAUGACCUUUCCCAAGGAAUAAAAAUGUUACAUAUACAGGAUGCUGGUAGCGAGGGUGUUAAAAAUACUCGCAAUGAAAUGUUUGAACGAUAGACCUGGUAUUUUUAACCCUUUAGAUACUGCGUGCCACUAUAGUGGUUUCUCGUUGAACAAUUUUUUAAAACGAAACGCCACUAUAGUGGCUUUUCUCUUUAUAUUUCUAUCAUUUAUCUGCAUUUCUUUCUACUAAAGUAGAUGCAGUGAAUUCCAGUAGUAGAAUCAAUACGUCCAACUAUGCCAUAACUAAAGGGUUAAUUUUGUCCUUUAAUUUGCAUCAAUUAAGCAUCGAUUCGGAACGAUUCUUGACACUCGUACAGAUCGACCCAGCCCGUUUUCUCAUUCUGCAUGGUCGGCUGUAUAAGCAGGACAGCUUUUCCGGGUCGCCCUCGGGCGUCCCGUAAAAUUUGCUUUCUUCUCGCAACGCAUUAGGAGAUACUGUUUUUUAUAUUAUAUAAAAAUAUAUAUAAAUAUAUAUAUAUAUAGAAACGAACAGAUAAAAAAAAAAAGUAUAUAUAUAUGUAUAUGUGUGUGUACGCGCGCGCGAAAUACGUUGCACAACGGUGUUAAAAAGUAUUGAACAAGUUUCAGCUCGACUCGAAACAGCGGUGUAAGAAAUUAUCACGACAGAUGCUACAACGUGGGUCAACGUCGAAGAACGAACUUUCACGGGUGCAUACGGCAGGAUAUAAUCGCGACAGAGAACUCUGUGAGUAACCGUGAAAAAGAAAAUGAAAAAGAGGAAGUGGCGGAGGAAGGAGACUGAGACAGAAGAAGGGUAAAAGAGGAGGAAGGUCGAUAUGGGAGAUCGAAAGACGAACGAUAACGUUAGAAUAUCUACGAUUCAUGUGAUUGUAAAUAUAUAGUAUAUAAAUGACGUAACGUUAAUUAACGAUAUGCCGUACGUGUUACAACUAAAGAAAACAAACCCAAGAAAUUAAACAGAUAAAUAAAUAAAAUGAAUAACGUUACUGUGUAAUUUUACGGAUCGUAAACGCAUUCGAAUGGGUCUGGCCGCCCGUGCUAACCGGCUCGAGGUCGUGUUUCGUAAAUCGUGAAUCUUUGAAUCCAGCAACGAUUCAAGAUUUCCUGGGAAAAGAGGGAUGAAUGCGUGCUUUGAAACGGGUUCAUUGCGAAAACCUUCCAGAUGAAGUUCCACGACGCGUGACGAUUUCUAUAAACGAACCGCAGCGGGAGGGAACGAAAGACCUCGAUGAGAAAGAUAAAGAAGCAAAAGGAAGCCGAUAGAAAUAGAAGGUAAGGGUGUGAAGAGAGGAACAGAGGGUAGCACUGAUGCGAAUGCUUUUUCCGGCACGCCAGUGCGUCGAGACAACAAAAAGGGGCGCAGCUGGGGGUGCAGCGCGUUCCUGGAUAGCACGGGCCGGCCAUACGCGACUAGAUGUAACACUAAUUAACGCCUAGCAUAAGAACUAACGGAUAUAAAUGAAGGAUACCAUUGUCUGACAUAAUAACCAGGUGUGAACGUAACCACGCGUAUACGUGUGCGAUGAUUGAGAAAAACGAAUGAAAGUGAGAGCGAUUGAAUGUGUAUAUUAUUAAUAUACGCGAGCCAAGGAAGAGCGAGAAUGAAAGAGAACGGGUAUGAAAGAAGAGUAAACGAGAGGAAAAGUACACGUACAUUGCAUACACACGCGAGGAAGAGAAGAAAAUAAGAAGAAAAAAAAAAGAAAAAAAAGAAAAGAGUUGUUCGUUGGACUGACGCGUUAAGGCGUUGGUCGAAUGACGCACUUUAAGAUAAAAAGGGGCGACCGGGGACAAUUCUUCUUGUACCGUUUCUUCAUCCCCUUUCUUCUUCCCGCGCCUCGCGAGGCCACUCGUGACGAAAGAUAAAGAGAAAGGGCUAAAGAUAGGGCUCACCUCGAGGCCACAAUUAAAGCUCUCACCCCCUGUCUCCCUCCUGCACCCUUUUCUUCUCGCGACAACCGGGGCCUCCCCUUGCGAGCUGGAAGAAGGAAGUUGUAAUUUCCACGCUCGUCCUCGUCCGCCCCUUUAUUAUAACAGAGAUAACAAAGAGAAGAGGAAAGACGAAAAUGAUGAUGAUGAUGAUGAUGAUGAUGAUGUUGAUGAUGAGGGGUGAUGAUGAUUAUAACGAUGCCGAUGAUGAUGACGGUGAAUUAAAUAAAAAGAAAAAUGAAAUAAAAAAACGUCGUCUAAGGUAUACUAACGUCGUAGACAGCAUUGAAUUUUUGUACCAUUGUCUAUAGUAGCUCUUAAGUGUCGCGAAGUUUUCUGUUCUUAAGACGGCUGCCUGUGCAGGCUUGAGUACGUACUUAUGUAUUCUCGGUUUUGUCGAUGGCUCGCGGGGCGGAUCUUGACUAACUUUAUUAGCAUUGAAUGAGAUUUUAAUUGGACCAUGGAUGAUUACUUGAAACGUAGAAAUAAUUAUAUUCAAUCGUUUUGCGUUUGUCUAUGUACAGAGUGUUAAAGGAUAAGGAUACAGAACCCUAACAGGGUAGUAAUUAACUGGAGGAAGAACAGACCUAUAUAAUUAGAGGUAUUUAAGUAAAAUUUUCUUUCUAAUGAUUUUAUCAAGCAAUUUCCAUUUAAUUGAGCGAAUUUACUUUGUGGGGGUCUUGUACCUUUUUUUCACCACUCUGUAUAAAUCUCUCAUUACAUAGAAUGAUUUAAUUAGGUUAAUUUGGAAUUUUCGAGGGUAGUAAUUAGAGAAUACACGUCAAAUCCGCCCCAGCGACGAGCACGUGCCCGUUCCCGAGAGUCGCGGUACGCGAAUAUCGAAAGAUCCUUUUUCGUGUGAUGAUUGACCGUCCUGACAGUUCGUCGAUGUGCUCUUACGCGUAGAUAUUCGAGCUAGUUUAUUCGAUAGUAGGUAAUACGAGUGACAAUGGACGUGAUUACGAUUCCGUCGAAAUCAACGAAGCGGGAAUCAGUUUCGCUGCGAACCUAUCGAUCUAAUUAUCCAUUGAGAGCGUUUAGUGUUCUUGAAUAAUACUGUUGCGAUCGAUGGGGGAAACUGGAUCGCCGUACAGACGAUUUCGUCGAUGAAGUUCUUAUACUACAGCGGCGUGAACUUAUUCCCCGUGAAAUAAUGGAUGGAUAUUAUUAACUCUAUGGGAAACGUGUACGAAUGAUUAUUGUGAUUUUAACCCUCUACCGCUUUGUCAUUAAUACAGCCAAUCGUAACAAAUUUUGCAUUUCUUUAUAAACUCUUUUUUGAGAGAAAACACUGUGUGCUUUGAGAAAGUUUUUCUUUUUAUUUUGAAAAUCAGCUCUUUCCAUAAGUAAUAUCGUUUUAUCUUUAACUAGUACGUGUCCUAUACAGCCUAAGUUACAAUCACUUGAAUUUAUUAUGACACUUUAAGAUAUUACAUUUACGUGUGAAAACGAUGUAACUUAUGAAACGACCUGAACAAGUUUCCAUUCUUUAUGGGAAACUUUGCGUUAUAGAAUGGCUUAUAAAGCGAGUAGAAUAUUGGCUGUGGAGGGUUAGAAAUAAAGGGUAUACAGUCGUCGAUCGAAACCCUCGGGACGGAGAUUUCACCAAUCCCUUGUUAUCGGCGAUAUAUUAAUAAACGAUUCGUCGCUCUUUCCUUAAUUAUCUAUAUACCACGAACAAAUAGAAAAAUCCUUCGAGACGUCUGACAAUGAGAUUUAAACAACGUCAACACUAUUCUUCGAUCCUUGGAGAGUAAGAAUGAUGACAGUUAAAAUCAAUUCAAAAUCAGGUGUCUCGAUACGAAGAAGAAUCGUUGUAUAACGAACGCGUUCAGUUUUCCAGUAACCUCCUCAAACAAUUACGUUUUCCAAAGUGCGACCGAUCACACGUAGCAAAAUGGGUCUAAUUAAAUCGUUAAACGCGUGCCGUUUGCUAGUUCGAACGUUCGACGAAGCUGAUAUCUAAUUAAUCACACGCAACGUACAAUCGACGCAGAAAAUAAUAACAUGGACGAUUAAAAGGGAAUUGGGAGACGAAUCGGUAAGAAAGACGAUGGCAGGUGAGAGCGUUUGUCGAGCGCCCGAAUGAGCGAACAUCGAUGAAAAUUAAACGGAAAUAAAAGUUAAGAGAUAAAUAUGCAAAGAUGAAAAUGAAGAAAAUGAAGUCCCUCGAAGCAAGCCUCGUCUCUCAGAUUCCCAGCUGUACACCUUGAAACACUUUAGGGUAAAUCGGAAUAGACUUUAAAACGAAUCUGCGAGAUGAUGCCGAGGAUAAAAAAAAGAAAAAUACGAUUGAACGAAUGAAACGCAGGAUGAAAAACGAGCGGAAGUGAACGAGCGCGUGGGUGUACGAAAAAAAUAAAGCAGAGAAAGAGAGAGAAUGAUCAGAAUGAGAGAGAGAAAGAGAUAAUAAAUCAAUGUUAAACAGAUCAUUAUCAAUUUGCAAUUUUGAGAGACACAUCUUCGUUAUUCGCCAUUUCUCAGCAUAAAUUCAGCCUCGGUUUCGAAUGCUCCAUGUCAGCCUUCACGAGCAUAAAUCACAACCGCGAUCAAUCGAUGCUCUGCGUAGGAUUUCUUGUUCGAUCAUUUUAUUUUUCUCUCUUUGUAAAUGGGAUAACAAACCAUUAAUGAUAUCGGUGUGCUGGACGUUUUUAAUGCCAGAUGCGUGCGUUUAUCACCCGUGGGGCAUCGUCAUGAGAAAAAAUACAUGUUACACAGAAAUCUCAGCGUUUUCGUUUCAUUUUUUUUCUCUUUUUUCUUUGUCAAAAGUAUCGUGACAACAGGGAUAAGAAGAACUGUCCCGUUCUAUGUGUGUAAGAACCAUACAGCUUAAUGAAGAACAUUAUACUAUGAACUUACAGGAUACUAAAUAAAAGUAAGCCAAAUCGUUAA